AUGUCUAUGAGUGUGAACGCUAGAGUGGUUAUCAUAGGAUGCGGAAUAUCAGGUAUAGCAGCGGCACAACGGCUCGUUAACGCUGGAUUUCGUCGCGUGCGGAUACUUGAAGCUACUGCAAGAAGCGGAGGAAGAAUAAAAACCUGCAGAAUGGGUGAUAAAAUCCUUGAGUUAGGGGCAAAAUGGCUCCAUGGACCAUCCGAGCAGAAUCCUGUGUUUUGUCUGGCCCGAAAAUACGGGCUGCUGGAUCCAGAGGCCCUCAACCCAGAGAACCAGGCCAUGGUCAUCAGAGAAUGUCCCCCCUUUGUUUACAACGGCUUUACCAGUUCAGGUCGAAAGCUAAAUACUGAGGACAUUGAUCCUGCUACGGAAAUGUUUACCGAGUUGUUGUAUGAAAGUGGAGAACUUAUGAUUGAAAGAGGAGAUCCCUGGGCCCGUGUGGGAGAUUACAUACGUUCAAAGGCUAAACAACAAGCUGCAGAGAAGUGGAAAGACAUUGAUGCAACCAGCAGAUCUCUGCGACUGUCUUUGAUCAGUAACAUUUUAAAGGGGGAUGGUAUUAAUUUGGAUCAAAGCAUUGAUGAGGUGGACCUUAGGAGCUUUUUUGCCAUUUACAAGACUUUUCCUGGACUGGACUGUACAUUUCCAGGAGGCUAUGAAGGUCUAAUCAAAAACUUGAUGUCGGAGCUCCCCAGUGGUCUAGUGACCUACAAUAAACCUGUUCGCUGUGUCCACUGGAACAACACAGAACAGAGAGAAAACCCUGUGAUGAUCGAGUGUGAUGAUGGGGAGAGGCUCGCCACUGAUCACGUCAUUGUCACAGUACCUCUAGGACACCUAAAGAAGCACCAGUCAACCCUGUUCUGCCCUCCUCUCCCUCCAAACAAGUCGCAUGCCAUCCAAAAUAUAGGUUUUGGAACAAAAAAUAAAAUAUUUAUGGAAUUUGAUGCACCAUGGUGGGAUGCUGAAUGUGAGGCCAUCUACAUGGUGUGGGAAGAUGAGGAUCUCAUGAUGGACCAAGUGCCAGAUAUGCAGAGGUCCUGGAUGAGGAAGUUGGUGGCCUUCACUGUAGUCAAACCCACUGAGAGUUCAAGGUGCGGCCAUGUUCUGUGUGGCUGGAUGGCUGGGCCUGAGUCAGCGUAUAUGGAGACACUGUCUGACCAGGAGGUCACACACACCAUCACACAACUCCUCCGCAGAUUUACAGGAAACUCGACCAUCACCCCGAGGAGGGUCCUGCGCUCCCAGUGGUUUCAUGACCCCUGGACAUGCGGAUCAUACAGCCACACAGAAGAUGGUUGGUCAGUGCAGGACUUUCACAACAUUAUGGAGCCCUUACCUACGAAGGGGGCACAGUCACAGCCUCUGCAGGUGUUGUUUGCUGGAGAGGCUACUCAUCCCAGCUGCUAUGGCACUGUGCACGGAGCUUUUCUCACUGGAUGGAGAGAAGCUGACAGACUCAUCUCUCACCACUCCAUCAGUCCAGAUCAAAAAUUGUAA